AUGAAGUUCUUGGGGUCUUUGCUUACCGUGGCCGGUGCCGUAAGCGCCACUAGCGUGCCGUCCAUGACAGCGCCAGCGUGCUCAGCCGGGAAGGGGAGCGUUUCGUACGACAAGACGGUGCCGGAUAAGGCCAGCUUUCCGAAAACGCAAGUUGACGUCUGCUACGACGACACUUCAAUUCAUAUCACUUUCACGGCGUUCGAGGAGACAAAUUACUACUUCAACAGCAGCCAGACGACUAACGACCCGAUCUGGCAGUAUGAGGUUAUGGAGGGCUUUGUGUACCGUGGCACCAACGACCCGCAGACGUACCUGGAAUUCGAAGUGAGCCCGAACAACGUUACCUUCCAGGCGUGGAUAUUCAACAAAUCAAAAGUGCGCGCGGCGAGCGCGCCGCUGGACACAUCCUAUCUGACUCAGCCGCUAGUCGAUGGCUUAACAGCGGAGACGACCUUAGACAAGGAGGCGCAGACGUGGGUAUCGUCAGCCACGAUUCCCCUAGGACUUUUCAACGUCGAUGAUGGUCAGGCAGCGGGGACGGAAUGGAGGAUGAACUUCUUCCGCACUGUUGUGUCGCCGGAUACGUUCCCGGACCAGCUCCUCGGUGCGUGGAACCCGACGAACGAGUCAAAUUUCCAUAUGACGCCUUUCUUCGGCCGAGUAUCGUUCGUGUAA